CCCGCACCACUCCAAAAACUAAAAAAACACAACCGAAAAAACAAAACAAAGAAAAGCAAAGCUCCCCCUUCUCCUCUCAUCAACCGUUCGAUAAGUCACCAUUUCAUUCACUCUCUCCAGAGAAUGCGAUCUACACCCCACUGAGGCUCUCGAACAAUCCAGAAUGGAAUCCAAGUUAUUCAUCAAGCUAGGUUUGGUUUUAUUUGUGCUUUGCUUUGUAUUCGAUCGAUCCGAAUCCGCGGUUUCGAGCGUAGAUCUCGGCUCCGAAUGGGGGAAAGUAGCGGUGGUGAAUCUGAAGCCCGGCCAGAGUCCGAUCUCAAUCGCGAUCAACGAGAUGUCGAAGCGGAAAUCGCCGGCGCUAGUCGCGUUCCACUCCGGCGCUCGUCUUCUCGGCGAAGAGGCCGCCGGAAUCGUCGCGCGGUACCCGGAGAAAGUCUAUUCGCAAGUCCGUGACAUGCUCGGAAAGCCCUACGGUUACGUUAAGAAGGUUCUCGAUUCAAUGUACUUGCCGUUCGACAUUGUGGAGGAUUCUCGAGGCGCUGUGAGUUUCAAAGUCGACGGCGGCGGUGACGACGGCGUCGCUGUUUAUUCGGUGGAGGAGUUACUGGCGAUGAUUUUGGGUUACGCGGCGGAUUUGGCCGAGUUUCAUUCGAAGGUGCCGGUGAAGGAUGCUGUGAUUGCUGUGCCGCCGUAUUUCGGGCAAGCCGAGCGGAGAGGGUUGAUUCAGGCGGCGCAGUUGGCCGGAAUUAAUGUGCUUUCGUUGAUAAACGAGUAUUCCGGGGCGGCAUUGCAGUAUGGAAUCGAUAAGGAUUUCUCCAAUGAAUCGAGGCAUGUUAUCUUCUAUGAUAUGGGUUCGAGCAGUACCUAUGCUGCACUCGUGUAUUACUCGGCUUAUAAUGCUAAAGAGUUUGGGAAAACUGUGUCAGUCAACCAAUUUCAGGUUAAGGAAGUUAGAUGGGACCCCGAGCUUGGGGGUCAGAAUUUGGAAUUACGGCUGGUGGAGUACUUUGCAGAUGAGUUCAAUAAACAAGUUGGAAAUGGGGUUGAUGUGCGGAAGUCUGCCAAGGCGAUGGCUAAAUUGAAGAAACAGGUUAAGCGUACAAAAGAAAUUCUAAGCGCAAACACAGCGGCCCCAAUAUCAGUUGAAUCACUCUAUGAUGAUCGGGACUUCAGGAGCACCAUAACCCGUGAGAAGUUUGAAGAGCUCUGUCAAGAUCUGUGGGAGAAAUCUCUUAUACCUGUGAAAGAAGUGCUUCAGCAUUCUGGUUUGAAGUUGGAUGAGAUAUAUGCAGUGGAGUUGAUAGGAGGUAGUACCAGAGUCCCAAAGUUGCAGGCUAAGCUCCAGGAAUUUCUUGGAAGGAAAGAGCUGGACAAACAUCUGGAUGCUGAUGAAGCUAUAGUUCUCGGUGCAGCACUACAUGCCGCAAAUCUAAGUGAUGGAAUCAAAUUGAACCGUAAGCUGGGAAUGGUUGAUGGUUCUUCCUAUGGGCUUGUUUUUGAGUUAGAUGGCCCUGAACUUUUGAAAGAUGAGAGCACUAGGCAGUUACUUGUACAACGAAUGAAGAAACUUCCGAGUAAGAUGUUCAGGUCCAUUAUCCAUAAGAAAGAUUUUGAAGUUUCACUUUCUUACGAUAAAGAUCUUUUACCACCUGGUGUUACCUCUCCCAUAUUUGCUCAGUAUGAUGUGUCUGGUUUAACAGAUGCAAGUGAAAAGUAUUCAUCCCGGAACUUGUCGUCCCCCAUUAAGGCAAAUUUGCAUUUCUCUCUCAGUAGAAGUGGAAUUCUUUCUUUGGAUAGGGCAGAUGCAGUUAUCGAAAUAUCAGAAUGGGUAGAAGUUCCUAAAAAGAAUUUGACCCUGGAGAAUUCAACUACUGCUUCCCCCAACAUAUCAAUUGAAGCUGGUGCAAAUAAUACUUCAGAAGAAAUUAAUGACGACUUGCAUGUGGAUGGUGGGAUUAGUAACUCAUCUAACUCUAAUUUAGAAGAACAUAAUACCCCAGAUCUUGGUACAGAGAGAAAGCUGAAAAAGAAGACAUUUAAGGUUCCACUUAAGAUUGUUGAGAAGACAUUGGGGCCUGGAAUGUCUCUUUCAAAAGAAUCGUUUGUUGAAGCUAAACGUAGAUUAGAAGCAUUGGACAAAAAGGAUGCAGAGCGAAGAAGAACUGCAGAGUUAAAAAAUAACUUGGAAGGAUAUAUUUAUGCUACUAAAGAAAAGCUUGAAACAUCUGAGGAGUUUGAACAAAUUUCUACUGCUGAGGAACGCGAAUCCUUUAAGGAAAAGCUUGAUGAGGUGCAAGAUUGGCUGUAUACAGACGGUGAAGAUGCUACAGCUGCAGAGUUUCAGAAACGCUUAGAUAUGUUAAAAGAUUUUGGUGAUCCCAUGUUCUUCAGAUUGAAAGAGCUUACUGCACGGCCGGCGGCAGCUGAACAUGCUCGGAGAUAUCUUGUUGAACUGCAACAGAUUGUACAAGGCUGGGAGACAAAAAAACCUUGGCUUCCAAAAGAUAAAAUAGAUGAGGUUAUAAGCGAUGCUGACAAAUUCAAGACUUGGUUGGAUGAAAAAGAGGCUGAGCAGAAGAGGAUUUCUGGAUUCAGUACUCCAGUAUUCACAUCAGAAGAAGUAUAUAUGAAGGUUUUCACUCUGCAAGAUAAGGUUUCAAGCAUUAAUAGAAUUCCCAAGCCAAAGCCUAAAAUUGAGAAGCCUACAAAGAAUGAGACUGAGAGCAGUGGGGACAAUGUGACUAAUCCCAACUCAACUUCUGAGGAGAAACUCAACCAAAGUGACGAAUCAUCCAAGGAUUCAGAUGGCUCAUCAAAUGAAAAGGUUGACCCAGAGUCCAAGGCUCACUCAUCAAAUGAAAAAGUUGACCAAGAGUCCAAGGCUCACGAUGAAUUGUGAGCAAUGGAAGUUACAUUUAGCCUGUAAUGUUACGUUUCCUUCAUAGUUAGAAAUAUUAAUUGGUAAUGGAAGAAAAAAUAGGAUAGACGGAGUUGCUGCAAAUUUUUGUACCGUACAAGAAUAUAGAGUUGAGCCCAUUUUUAGGAGGGGUGGUUAUCUUAACAACUUUGAGAUCGAUAGUCUUUGCGUCUUAUGCUGUAUGAGGAGUAGUUGGAAAAAACUUUGGUAAUUAUACUGCAAUCAUAUUAUUUCCCAUAUAACUUAGUGGCAUUACUGAUGAUCACUAGGCCUUGUUGGAGAUUUUGAUCUUCUAUAAAUAUUCAGAGUACAUGUGAAAGAGAUUUUCGUUAAGUCAUGUAACAUUUUAAAAUUAUCCUAGUUUUGGAUUAUUCAUCCUGAGCAUUAAUGUACAAUUGCGAAUUGUGUGUC